AUGUCCGAGGCUGAACGUGCCACUGGGUACUAUAAACCUCAGACUCUUGAAAAGGCACUCGAAGCGAUGUACCAAGAUGGUUUUGUGGUGCUUGGUGGAGCGAUUGAUGUUGACUUCAUCGACAAGCUGAAUGAGAAGAUGUGCGAAGACGCGGAAAGGAAGAUCGCCGAUCCCACUCAACUGUAUAACCAUGGGAUCAAGUUCGAUGGUUCGGAGUUCCUCAGCAAGCAGCUUUACUUCAACAGCUUCUUGCUUCAGACUGUGAAAGCGUAUCUGGGCGGCAGGCCUAUCUGGAACUGGCUGACUGCCAACACCGCGUUGUCCGGUACCAAAGGUCUUCGCCAACGAGCGCACAAAGACUCGUAUGCUCACCCUCUUUAUCCAUACUAUGUCAUCGCGAAUGUGCCUCUCGUGGAUUUCAGCCCCGAAAAUGGAUCAACAGAGUUCUGGCUCGGGUCCCAUCAAACCACGACGCCAUCUGAUCAGAUCACCUCCAAGGAUCCUGUUGCCGACGGGUACAAUCGUGGCCGGCCCGGCGAACCUCUACCACCCAUCUCAGAAGAGGCCAAAGCAGCACGCAUGAAGAUCCGCCCACCUAUUCAGCCGAGCGCCCAUCAUCGGAUCAUGUUGGGUCUCGGAUACCAAAGCCCUUACUUUCCCAACUAUGACCAGACCAUGCAUCUACCUGAGACGCAAAGAUCUUUCUUCUUGAACCAUCCUAGUGACUUGAUAGAUGUUCGAGCGCAGUUCUGGAAGCCGGAUGAGUUGGACAAGACCAAAGCUGACGAGGAUUUUGAACUCCGAGCAGAAUACCUCAAGUAG